AUGUCUACAUUCUUCAAUCCUUCCAGUUCGCCUAAAGAGAUGGGCACGGAGACGCCUGCGGACCAGAAUAAGAGUACUGUCGUGACCUCUACCUCCCCUCCGCUCGCGACUCAUAAUGCAUUGUCAUCCGAUACAGAUGCCAUGUCCCAGAAAGACAAGUCUUCGAAGCCACCCAGCGAGAAAGAGAGCACCCUCGUUGAUGAGCCAAUUCGGGAUUCGACUGCGCCCGAGGAUACCAACAAAGGCAUGACUGGAGAAAAUCACGCCUCAGAGGUGGCUCCGAAUGAAGACUCGAACAAAGAGCCUGUUGUGAAGAACGAUACCGAGAAAGAAGCCGCCAGGGACGAGGAUAAAAAUUCCAGUGAUGACGAUGCAGAGAAUAAAGCCAAUGAGCCCGAGCCAGAAUACCCCACGGCCUUCAGACUUCUCCUCAUUACCAUUGCGUUGUGUCUUUGUGUGUUCUGCGUGGCAUUGGACAAUACAAUCAUCGCAACAGCCAUCCCGAAAAUCACCGAUCAAUUUAACUCCCUCGACGAUGUUGGUUGGUAUGGAAGUGCCUACUUGCUCACCACCUGCUCCGUCACCUUGAUGUUCGGCAAAUUCUACACCUUCUACACCAUCAAAUGGAUCUACCUACUCGCUCUCUCAAUCUUCGAGAUUGGUUCGCUAGUUUGUGCCGUCACGCCCAACUCGGUCGGUCUUAUUUGUGGUCGUGCCAUCGCUGGUCUCGGUGCUGCGGGCUUGUUCUCGGGCUCGAUUUUGAUCAUCACUCAGAGUGUCCCGCUGGUUAAGAGGCCUAUGUAUACGGGUCUUGUGGGUUCGAUGUUUGGAAUUGCUAGUGUUGCGGGUCCGCUCAUGGGAGGAGCCUUCACCGACAGACUCACCUGGCGCUGGUGCUUCUACAUCAAUCUACCUAUCGGUGCCGUCACAUUCUUCUUUAUCCUCUUCUUCUUCAAGGCCUCCAAAUCUCUCAAGGACGCGAAGGGAUGGAAGGAACAGCUAGCCGAAAUCGAUCUGCUCGGCUCAUUCUUCUUCCUCCCUGCUAUCAUCAGCUUGCUGCUCGCGCUGCAGUGGGGUGGUACCAAGUACCCCUGGAGCGAUGGACGUAUCAUCGCGCUGUUUGUUGUCUUCGGUGUCUUGAUUAUCAUUUUCAUUGGCGUGCAGUGGUGGGGUCAGGAACGUGCUACUGUACCUCCAAGACUGAUCAAGAACCGUAACGUCUGGGGUUCGGCUUGGUAUGCCCUGGCCAUUGGUGCGGCUUACUUUGUUCUAGUCUACUAUCUCCCCAUUUGGUUCCAGGCUAUCAAGGGCGCUUCAGCCGUGAAGUCGGGUAUCAUGAACCUACCCAUGAUCAUCUCCGUGGUACUCGUUUCCAUUCUGGCUGGUGGUCUCGUCACGGCAUGUGGCUACUACACUCCUUUCAUGAUCGCCUCCUCCAUCAUCAUGACCAUUGGUGCUGGUCUGCUUUCCACCCUCGAAGUCAACUCAGGUCACCCCAAGUGGAUCGGCUACCAGGCCCUAUUCGGUAUCGGCCUUGGCCUGGGCAUGCAGCAACCCAUGAUCGUUGCUCAGACAGCCCUCAAGCCUAGUGAUGUCCCCAGCGGCACCGCCAUCGUGAUGUUCGCCCAAACCCUCGGUGGCUCGAUCUUUAUCUCCGUCGCCCAGAACAUCUUCCAAAACCAGCUAUUCGCGAAUCUGCGUGCGGAUGCGCCAACUGCCAACGCGGCGGAGCUCGUGGCGGCUGGCGCCACGAUGCUGCGCACUGUCGUUUCUGGUCCCGUUUUGGAGCGUGUCUUAGUUGCGUACAAUGGUGCUAUCACGCAGACUUUCUAUGUGGCUGUUGCCAUGGGUGCUUUGUCACUUAUUGGACCUAUCUUUGUCGAGUGGCUCUCCGUCAAGGGGAAGAAGAUUGAAAUGGCUGCGGUUUGA